AGGCAUACGUCAUAAGCUCGCGCACGCAGAAAAUGGCUGACUCCACAGCAGCUAAAUCUGAACGCUGAUGAUUUUCGGGUGAAUUUUCCUCUCAAAUGAACUUAAAACUUUAAAAUGUCUGACUCAUUACCAACACAAACCCUCCAGGAGCGACUGGAUCGUCUGCAGGAGCUGACAGAGUUCACGGAAAACUGCAGAAAACAGCUGAACGACAUAUUUGAAACGUUGGGAUGGUCGAUGGAUCACAAAGAAUCGAAAGAAGAAAUGGAGCAGUGUCCUUACGACUCCGACCACAGAGUUCCUGCCAGGAGCAUGGAGAAACACAAAGCCUUCUGCCGCCUCCGAAAGAUGGGCUACACAGCUGAAGAGCAGGCGGACAUGGUCGACCCCUCCGUGUGUUACGAGAACAGCAGUGUGAGAAGCUUUACAAUGGACAAAUCCACCCAGCACCAGGUGAUCCUGCAGGCGAGAUCAUCUGCUCCGCUGAUGAAGAUGGAAGGAGUUUUCUGGCAAGGUCAGUACUCCGGCCAGCCUGUCGACGUGCCUCAGAACCACCAGCGAGCGCUGUGUGACCUCACCGUGGCCGACCGAUUGGCUCUGUACGAUCAUGUGGUCGGUGUCUUCAGCCAACAGAAGGACGCCGCCUUGUCCAGCAACGAUGAUCUCUACGUAGAUUUGGUGUCCAAACUCAAGAAGGGUGAUGAACAGAAUGAACCGAAGACUCACCUUGAGCUCAUGGCAGAGAUGAGGGACUACAAGAGGCGACGUCAGUCCUACCGAGCCAAAAACGUCCACAUCACUAAGAAGUCCUACACCGAGGUGAUCAGAGAAGUGAUAAACGUCCACUCAGCAGAACUCACCAGACAAUGGAGAGAGGAUGAGCACGAGGAGGAGUCGGCGAGACCUGAGCCCUCCUCCAAUAGGCGCAGACUGGAUGAAAAGCGAUCCGGGUCCUCAGAGUCUCGUCACUCUCACAGCAGACGUCAUCGCAGCCGUGAACGAAGCCAAGACAGAGAGAGCAAAAAGAAGAGGAAGAAGAAGGACAGGGAUUCCCGAUCCCCCGACGACCACCACCACGACAGGAAGAAGAAGAAAAAGAAGAAGAAAGAGGAGAGGGAGAAAGAGAAGUGAGGGUGCUCCAUCAGCGGAAAUCAGAUAAGGUCACUGUGGUCUUACAGGUCAAAAGAUAUCUGGCGUCAUGACUUUUUAUUAUUAUUUAAUGGCCUGGAGGAUUCUGGGAAAAAAGAACUGUGAAUAAAGUUUUUUUCUGAAUCAACAUGAACAUUUGGAUUUCUUUACACUUCAACAAACCCUUUGAGAUUUAUAAAUAUAAUACAUGUAAUUGCUUUUACGUUUCGUUACGUGUGUUUUAUUCUGUAAAUAAACGCUUGCAAGCGAUAUCCAGGCCCCGCCCACCUCCUCCUGAUUGACCGGGAGUGGUUUCCAGUAACAGACUGAAGGGAAUGUUGGACAGGAGUGUCAUAGCUGACAAGCUUUUAUAACAGGGUCAAAGGUUACUUUUGUUCAAGCUUCAUAUUUUCCUCUGUCUUCAACUGUUGGACAAUCAAAAAGGAGACGCAUGAAGAAUCUUUGAAAUCGCAUUUGGGUUUCAGAAGUUUUAAAGACAUGUCAUGAUGUUUGAUUAUUAAAUCCAUUACAGAAAACAAAGAGUUAAAAUGUGCAGGUCAGCAUCUCAAAUCUAGUUAUAUCAAACUUUCUGUUGUGGCGUCACUGAGCUUGUCAAAGAAAAUUCAUGAUAAUUCUUCAUUCUUUGUCUACUGUGUGUGACAUCAAGUUGUACAUUUGACACUAUAACACAAAGAGCCAAGAUCAAAAUAUGGCUGCAUGUCUGUUUUCAUAAAAGAACAAACCUGCCAAAAAGCUUCUAUUAUUGUUUGAAAGAAAACAACUCCACAAACACAAAUUUAACAUUUACAUUUAAAAGCUUUGAAUUCUCUUUUUGUGGGUCUGGAGACUUAAACUGUAAAUAUGAAUGGACGAAGCCUCAGUGACGUCAACCAUCUGUUCCAACAUAAAAGUCCCAUCGAUGGCGGUCUCCAUGCUGGAAAUGCUGUCUCAGUCUAACUUUCAGUCAACCUAACGACAGGCUGAGAGCUGGAGCUGAGGCGGGUUUUAAACCUCCUGACAAACCGUUACACCGCGCCCACCUGUCAAUCAGGUCAGCUACCCGCCUUAUUGUGAAUAACUCUUAUCCUUCAUCAAAUCAAAACUGAUGAGUCAUCAAAACAUUCACCCCCCGUACAGUGUGUGUCCAUCGAGACAUGAGCUAAUCACACCUAUUUGGUUUUUUGAACCAGGCUGUAAACAUGUUAAUCUCUGCUGUAAAAACAGGCUUUUUAGAAUGGGUGUGUAUGUGACUUCCUGUGCUUCUGCAGCACAGCCUCUAGUGGACACUCCAGGAACUGCAGGAUUUAGCACUUUAGCAUCUGCUUCAGAUUUACUUUGGUUCCAUUGCGGUAUUUGUGACACAAGCAAAUUGUUGAUUGACACAGUUGUAGACGAGCAACUCCCCGGCUAUUCAACUUAAGAUUCCUGUUUUUGUAAACUGUAAAAGGGUCUGGUUCUUUCUUAACACACUUAACAGUUUUCAGAAUCACAAUCACAAUCGGGGUUUAUUGCCAAGUCCAUUUACACACACAAAGAAUUUGGAAGGUGUAUUGGUGCUAAACAAGUUUUCUGUCAGUAACCACUUGUUGCAGGUCUCAAAUCAGUGCUUCUUCAUGCCUUAUUUAUUCUUUGUAAAUCUCAUCAUUAAUUCUUCCAUCAUAAAAAAGUACAAAUGUU